UUUGACAUUUGCAUCAAAACAUUCACUUACACAACAUAAUACGAGAAACUGAUCGUCGUAGAGAAGAUCUAAAGAAAUAAAGUUAAGUGAUGUUUCCAGUAAAUUUGUUUCCACUGCGUACGCUAUCGCCUGCGGCCGUUGGACAAUAUUUCACUUUAGUGCGUUCGUUAACAUGCGGAGUCAGUCGAUUAGGCAAGAAAGCGGAACAGCUGGAAAACGAGGAGCCUACUGCAGAAGACCUGCCGGUUACCUUCGUAGACGAUGAUGCAGAAUCAGCGGAAGAACGUGAAGCACGGAUAGCGAAAUUGCAGAACAAAUCACGCCUGCUACCACAGCAUCGAAACAUGUUGCAUGGUGUGCUUCCGUAUGAACAAUCGCAAUCUUGGAUACACGAAACCGUCAAAUACAAACGCAUGAUGCUCGGUCGGUAUGGCAUCGAUGGAAGCAGGGUGGAUCCACGUGUGUGCUUUCCCACUAAAAAAGAAACGUUCGAAAAAGAGGAAUACGAGCGUGUUGCAUUUCCAUUUAGUCUGAAGCAAAUGAUGGACGCAAAUGAAGCCGAGCGCAAGGCACGUAAGGCAGCGACAGAAGCACGUGAAGCGGAAGUUGCACGGAAGCUUGAAAAGCUUGACCAAUGGACAACCGAUCUGAAUGCACGCAUUGCGAAAAAGGAAGCAGAAGCACGCGCAGCAAAGGAACGGAAGGAUCGUCUAGUCGAGGAAGUUCGAAGACAUUUUGGAUUCAAGGUUGAUCCCCGUGACGAGCGCUUCCAGGAAAUGUUGGCGCUGAAGGAACGUGAAGAUCGCAAGAAGGUUAAGGAAGCGAAACGGAAGGAAAAGGAGGAAAAAAUGAUGGAAAAGUUGCAGAAAAAGACUGCCCAGCUGGAGAUCGGUGACUCUGAUGCAUCGAGAGAGCAGACAAAAUAAAUGGAAUUAUGCGCAUAGAUAGUGGGAGCGCAUAUGAAUGCUUGUUUUA